CACUUUCAGUCAUCACCUGUCUUCGUCCGAGGCAGGUAAUUGUAGUGUUGUUAAGACCUGCUUAUGAAAAACAACCAAAGUGGUGUUGUGAAUUACAUCUGAAUAGACAGCAGCUUCAGUUGCUACACCAGUUGACAUUAAGAUUAAAGAUAAGAUUAAAGUUCUCUGUAGAGAUGUUAAUUCAGCCGUAACGACAAAAGAGACUAUUAUCAUAUAUUGUAAUAUCAGCAACUACAAAAUCUAGCAAACUGAAUAAUCAUUCACAAAAUAUGUGGAAAUUCUUAGUUUCAAACAUGCCAUCGCACGAGUGAGCCAGCUAAUGCCCCACUAACCAUUUUCCUUUGCAGGGGUCAAAGGUCAAAACUGGUUGGGUCAUCAUUGAAGACGUCACUUCAAGAUGGUAUUUGGGAGGUUCCUGGGAAGAAACGCAGCUCAACUUCUGCGUGCAAUUCAGCUGAGGAAGUGGUGGUCUCAUAUCAAUACCAUACUCAUCACUUGUAUCCUUAUCAGCAUUAUUUCUAGAUACAGCUAUCAUUCACUAAGAAGUUAUGAGAAGAGAGGAUUUGCUAUUGCUUCUGAAAUCAAUGCAUCCAGGCUUUUUGAAGUUGGGAAACAAGGUCUUCAGCCACAUGUUACUGAGGAGCUGAUUAUGUCUGUUAAAACUGGCAUCACAACAUCUAGGUUACUGAAACUGGAGCUUCAACCAAAUGUACAAGAAGAAGGAGAUUCUCUCAAGAUGCAGUUUUCUGGUCAAGAAACUGUAGCUAAAGUUACAGAAAAGAUUUUCCAUAGGUUAAAUGGAAGUCAGCAACUUCAUAAAAAGCCCUCGUCCCAUAUUGACAACUGGCGUAACUUUACACAGUCAGAAAUUGACAGUCUGUCCAUAGUGGGUCACAGACUUUUCUUACAAGAGGACAUUGGCACACCUCAGGACAGAAACUUUACUAUCCUAGUAUGGCAGCAUGGUCCGACUAUCGCGAGUCGUUUUUUAAGGCAGUAUGGAAAAGUGUACUUGGAUCCAUUCCGUUUCUGUUCCGUCAGAAACUGCAACAUCACUUACAAUUCCUCAUCUCUUGACACAGCUGAUGCUGUCCUGUUCCACUUCCACAGAACCAGGGGUCCGUCAGCUUUCCCAAACCGGACGAACUUGGGGCAGAGGUGGGUCUGGUUAGCCGAUGAAUGUCCAUACCAUACUUUUCUUUCAGCCAGAGACAAAAACCUUUCCCACUACAAUGGUUACUUCAACUGGUCCAUGACUUACAGAAAGGAUAGCGAUGUUCCUGUACCAUACGGAAGGACUGUCAAAAUGAUGGACGCUGAAGCAUCUCUGUAUGAAAGAGUAGAUUAUUUCAACACAAAGCCAAACUUUACUGCUGCAAUGGGAUCCAACUGUGGUGGAGGAAAUAAACGUUGGUAUUAUGUGAGAGAAUUACAGAAGCAUAUGAACAUCGAUUUUUAUGGAGGUUGUGGGACAUUGAAAUGCCCCGGGCAUUUUACUCGUGACUGUGAGGUUCUGAAGAGCUACAAGUUUCACCUGGCCUUCGAAAAUAGCAAUUGCCGGGAAUACAUUACUGAAAAACUGUGGUGGAACGCCAUGGGGAAAGGAGCAGUGCCGGUCGUCAUGGGAGGGAAAGUUGAAGAAUACCGGAAGCUGCUUCCUCCGAAUUCUUUCAUCCACAUCGAUGAAUUUCAGUCUCCCAAGCAUCUUGCAAAUUAUCUCUUGUCCCUGGCGCAGGAUGCGGCAAAAUACAUGGAGUACCACGCAUGGCGCACAAAGUUCCAUGUAUUGAACGAGCAUGGAUACUUCGGUGCACCCGUAUUCCAUUACUGCCGCCUGUGCGAAGCCCUGAAUUACAACGACCCAGCACCCAAAGAAUACAAUCAUAUGGAAGUCUUUUGGAACAGAGAAACCGACUGUUAUCCACCAACGUGGGUUGACAGGAUGAACGCCGGCAGCACAUAAGCCUAGUCUAGAUCUUGAAGCACUCGUUGUUUUUUAUUUUGCAUUCAGGUCAGUUUGGGGGCAUUGCCUUCGUAUCGGCACCUCUGAGCUCCUUAAUUCUAUUGUUUCUGUUGAUGUAAUUUUUUUUAUCUUUCACUAUUAGCUCAAUGUAUGCUGUAGGAAGCUUGACUUUAAUCAAAAAUCUUUCUAAAAAGUGUGCUGUAUCAUAUACUGUUUCGGGCUCAUGUUGUUUGCUGCCUUGAUGUGAUGUUUGUGUUUCCCCUUUCGUUUUUUUUACAGUUUUUCAUGAUGGGAUAAUGUUUGCUGUAUUGCAUGAAACCCCAAUUUGUUAGCAUUGUUACUUGAGAACUGUCUAGCAUAUGAUACAGGUUGAAGCAUUCCAUGGCAGACUACACUGUAUGUUGUCUGUAAACGUUCCUCUUAAUGUGUCAGCAGUUCCUUGUAAUGUGUUACUUAUAAAGUUGCAUCUCAUUUUGCGUUGUGAUUCAGCAUUCCUGUGAUUUGCAGUUUUGUGAUGCUCUUAUUAGUUUAUCUGAAUGUAAUUUUGCACAUUGUAAUUCAUUGCAUUUUGUUUCUCUUUUGUAGUUUUUCACCGUGCAGUGCCAGACUUUGGACAAUAAAGAAUAUCACCCUGAAAUAGACUUAACUUUUUUGCCUAGUCGGUUUAUCUAGCUGGACAGCCAGUAUGGUGAAAAAGGUUCAACAACCCUACAGUUUCGAAGUUUACAUAACUUUUUGUCAGUUUCUAGAUCCGGAGCACUGUUUCUAGCUGUACUGGAGGCAACACUGCUCACAUGUAGGCUAACCAGAUACGCCUAGAACAACAAAGUUUUUCCCAACAUUGGAGAACAUUCAGGCUAAUUUCUUCUUAACAUGGUAUGCUAACGUGUACGUUUCAAGAUGGAAAAGUUAGACAACGCAGCAACUGCAGAGGUAGGCCUGGACUUGAGCACCCACUCUGAGCAGAGGAUUCGUACUUCCACGGAGAAUGGCAAUGAGGUGUACUAUGCAAAAAGGAAAAAACAUAGUUGACUCUUGGUUACAGAAGGCAAACAAGACGCAUGAGAAUGUCAGUGUCCUCUAUUCUGUAGAGGACACUGAUUAUACAAACUUUUUAAGAAUACGGUCAACCGGCCAAAACAUAUACUGAAUUCUUAGAGGACACCAAGACAGCCGAAAGUUCGAGGACCUGAAUAGCUUCAACGACCUCUUUAACCUUCACUGGAGAAGAAAGGACUGCUAUAAUAAAAUUAAGAGAGACUAGUCAGUCACCGUCAGAAGCCAAGUCUGUGAAAUCAAGAUCAGGAGUUAGCCAAUGCACUUCCCAAGGAGAAAGUUCCAGAUACACAGAUGCACCAAGCAUUGCGAGACGUAAGCGAGCAAAAGCAGAAGCUGCUAAAGCAAAACUGGCCUUUGCGGAGAAAGAGACUGCCAUCUUAAAAGAAGCUCAGAGAAAACAGGAAGCAGCCCGAAAAAAGGCAAAACUGGAACAAGAGGAAGCUCUCGGGAAAGCAGAGUUUGAAGCCGACCUCAUGUUACUAACUACAAGUUAGGAAGCUGCCAUCGCCGAAGCCGAAGCACAUGUUCUUGAAGAAGAUGAUGGUAUAGUCGGGAGUGCAAUUUUGAUGACCUCUUGCAAAAGGAAACCAAGGAUUCCUUUCAGCAGAUGGAAGUUUUCGUGAACCAGCAACAGCUAACAGCAUCUAGCACCGUUCAGAAGAGACAAACCACAUUCUGCAAUCUCGAGGAUCCAUUUGUUCAUAUACUCACUCGAAGGCCAACCAUCAUGAAAUAAGAGUGCAUCAGUGACUGUUACAAACCUUUAUGAACCUGCCUUCGAAAAAAUUGCCUUUCCAUCCUUGUUUGAAAGUUAACAGCUGUUCCAGCUUGCUUUCACAAGCAUGAUCCUAAUGUAAAGACCUUCAGGUUUGUAUUUGUGUCGGAACAAAUGGGAAAAUGAGGCCUUUGUUCCCUAAAGGACUUAAUCUCUGUAUUGGCAAGGUGUCAUCUGCAGAAUCUGUCACUAUUAUUAUAUUCAUUGCUGAUAUUUUACUUUUUCAUUAUUACCGUGAAUACUAUCGUUAAAGUUUUUCUUCACUCAAUUUUUGUAUUUAGUCCUCGGGACCUGACUUCUGUAACCACGUAGGUCUCUAGCUGAAAUUUAAGUUAUAUAAUCUGUGCACUAACUCUCAAUGCAUUUUUUUUCUCCAAUAUAAUUACUGUUAUUACGUACCAGUAUUAUAACUAUCUUUUAUACUACCUCAGCUAAUGUGUGGAUAGUACCAUUUAUUCAUUUUUUUAUCAAGUUGUCUCAUGUAUCUAGAUUGUGUAUGUUACUGUCUGCAUUUUGUAUAUUC